AUGGAUUCCUCUCGUCCGUUGAUCUUCAUCCACCCUCUGUCCUUUCCCCCCACCCCCCCUUUUCCCCGACUUCCCUUCCCCCUUUUUUUCCCUGGUCCCCCGACUCGUCCCCCUCUCAGCCCCGCGCGCCAGUUCGUCCGCGACCUUGCGCUCGUCCGCGCGCUCAUCCUUGCGGACGCCUGCACUGUGGCGGAAGCGAGCCGGCGAAUGGCAGCCCGCCACGUGGACGCGUGUCUACUGACGGACGCCAAGAGCGGCAUGCUGUGCGGGAUACUGACGGACCGCGACGUGGCGGAGCGGUGCGUGGGGGAGGGGCGCUCCCCGCAAUCCACGCCGUGCCACGCGGUCAUGACGCGCGAUCCGCAGUUCGUGUCGCUGCACGCGCCCGCCGCUGUCGCGCUGAAGAAAAUGGUCAACGGAAAGUUUCGACACCUGCCCGUGGUGGACGGCGGGGAGGUGGUGGCGAUGCUCCCCGUGCGCAGCUGCCUGGCGGAGGCGCUGCUGCGCGCGGAGGAAGUGCGGGGGAAGGGCGCAGAUGUGGCGGAAGCACUGAAAGAGGCGGAACGGACGGGAGGGAGCGACGGUGCGGCUGCUGGCAUUCUCCGCGCGCUGUGCGACGGCGUCACGCGCCCAGCCAUGGCCGCGCUCUUGGCGCCACACACAAGGCCCGCGGCGGUGCGCACAACGGACACUGUGGCAGCAGCAGCCAAGGCGAUGCGCAAACACGGCGUCACGGCCGUGCUCGUAUCGGACUACGACCAAUCCUUUCUAUCGUCUCCCCCGCCUCAUUACCUUGCCUCGUGUCCCCUCCAUGUACCCCCUGCUGCCAGAUCGCGCGACAUUCUCCUGCGUGUCAUCGCUGCUGGCUUGGAUCCCAGUGUCGUGCUCGUAGAGCAGGCCAUGACCCACGCCCCCGUGACUGUGCCGCUCGAUGCAUGUCUGCUGCAGGCGCUGAGGCACAUGGACUGGGGGGGCUUCUCGCACCACCUCUCAGACCACCGCCUCUCCUCCCCCACUUUCCCCACUCGUUACCAACAGGCCAUGACGCACGCCCCCGUGACUGUCCCGCUGCACGCGUGUCUACUGCAGGCGCUGCGGCACAUGGACUGGGGGGGCUUCUCGCACCUGCCCGUCAUGGCCGCUGACGUCAGCUACGGUAGCUGUGUGGCAUGUGUGGGUGUGACGCCCAUCCUCUCUGCUCUCUUCACGGGCCAGCACUGCCGUCACCUACAGGUACCUCUCCCGUACCACUCCCCACCGUUUCUCCCGUUCCAUUCCCCACCCGCUCCUCCCGUACCGUUCCCCACCGGUUUCCCUACCGGUUUCCCUACUGGUUUCCCUACCCCACCGUUUCUCUCUUCAUGUCUUGUUGUAACGUGCCUCGAAGUACCCCAAAAGGUACAAGGUGGUAGUCGCUCCUCCCCAUCUCCGCGCCUUUCUCCCCCGCUGCAGCAGCAGGCGCAGCAGCUGCCGGCGGGCGCGCAGGAAGCAGUGCAGGGGGCAAGCUGCACGUGUGUGAGGGGCUCGGCCCUUCAGCAGGCGCAGCAGCUGCCUGUGGCCAUGCAGGAGGCAGUGGAGGGGGCGAUGCAGCACGUUGGUGAUACUGCUGUUGGUGGUGCUGCUGCUGCUGCUGGUGCUGCUGCUGCUGCUGAUGCCGGUGCUGCUGGUGGUGCCACUGCUGCCACUCGUGCUGCUUCCCGCUCUACCUUUGAUGCAUGGAGUGACAUUUACACAGAGGCAGGGACAGUGGGGGAGGGUGAGGAUGCAGAGGAUGGGUAUGAGGGGGGAGGGGAGGAGCUCUCUAUUGCUGGCGGCUUCCCCCCUCACUUCCCUCGCUCUGCUGCUGGUGCUUCUGGUGCUGCUGCUGCUGCUGCCGCUGCUGGUACUGCUGCGUUUCAUCAGCCCAGAGGGUUUUAUGGAGGGAAGAGCAUGGCUUCUGCUGCUGCUGGUGCUGCUGGUGGCACGGCUGGUGCAGUUGGUGUUGGUGGGUUUGCUGGUGCGUAUGCAUGUGAGUCGCUGUCGGAUCUGAUGAGUGUGGUGGCAGCACGACUGGCAUGGGACUACGAUCCUACCAACCCGCCCACCGUCCUCUACAUGGACGAGGAUGGCGAUCGGGUGGUGCUGGACUCAGAUGAUGACCUGCGUGUUGCCCUCGCUGCUGCUGCUGCUGCAGCUGCUGGUCACCGCUCCCAGUCUCGGCCGCCUCUCCGUCUAUACAUAGACACCACACACACCCCUCCAACACCUUCCAAGCACCUUCCCAGCUCUACUAGCAACACCCUCCCUGCUGCUGCUGUCGCCCCCCAUCCAUCCACUCCUGCUUCUUCCCACUCGCCGCCUCCUCCCUCCACAUCACGCACUCAGCAGCAGCAGCAGCAGCAGCAACAGCAGUUUCACCAGCUGUCAAUGGCAGUCACUGGUGUGUUUUCCUGCGUCUCCUCGUCCGCAGAAUACCCAACCUUCGCUGCAGCGCUGAGCCUUUGGAAGUCCCGCGGUUCUGUAAAGCAGUCCCAGGCGAAAGCACCGGUGGCCUCCGCGACUCAAUGCGCGGCUGCAGACGACAAUGACGCGCGUAACUCCGUGUGCGAGGACAAGGAGCGCGAGCAAGGCAGUCCCAGCACCGACGACACCAGCAACACCGUCGCUUGUAACGAAAACAACAGCACGCCGCAGUGCUCGCCGAUUAGCACCAUGACGUCGUUCAGCAGCAUCGGCAGCACCUCGAGUGACUCGAGCAGCACCAGCUGCUGCAGCGAAGAGUGCAGCGGUGUGAGCGCUGACUGCAGCAACAGUGCGUUGAAGCCAUCCGGUGUGCGUGUGAAGACGAUGGGUGGUGAAAACAUGGACUCGAGCACGCGCGAGUCUUCUGCUGUCCAGCAACCUGUGAGGCGAAUGGCAGCUGGUAAUGCGAGGGAGCUCCCUUCGCGGAUUCCCAGGCCAUGCAUCACACGAGCAGGCGGAAAAGCAGUUGACGAGAAGGAGAAGGCAGCGGAAGCACAGCGAGUUGUGCUUAUCAGGCAAGAGUCUUCAGGGAGCAGCACAGCACAGCAGCAAGAGAGCAAAGGGGGUCGUCUUGUCUCUGCUAGGUCGGGGAAAGGGCCUACCAGGACCACCAAGGUUGCGGCAAAAAGACCUCCAUGGAGGCCUUGA